AGGCGUUGUCCUUGGCCACAGUUCCGCCUUAAAUUGAGUGCUGAAGGCACAGCAGUAUUAUCACGGAGCGGGUGGGAUCCAGGACGCUGCAAGUUCCAGUUAUUACAGCAGAAUGCCAAACUUUGGUGGUGGAAAUAAAUGUGGCGUCUGCCUGAAGACUGUGUACUUUGCUGAGGAGGUGCAGUGUGAUGGGAAAUACUUUCACAAGCCCUGUUUCCGUUGCAUGGCCUGUAAGAAGAACCUUGACAGCACCACAUUAACUGUGCACGGAGAUGAAAUCUAUUGUAAAUCAUGCUAUGGAAGAAAGUAUGGACCCAAAGGCUAUGGUUAUGGCCAGGGUGCAGGCACUCUGAACAUGGACACUGGAGCAAAUCAGGGUAUAAAACCUGUGCAAGCUGGACCUCAUUGCCCCACCACCAACGUCAAUGAAUCCAAGUUUGCUCAGAAGUUUGGCACUUCAGAAAAGUGCUCUAGAUGUGGACAGUCAGUUUAUGCUGCUGAGAAAAUUAUUGGAGCUGGCAAGGCCUGGCACAAACUGUGCUUCCGCUGUGCUAAAUGUGGGAAAGGCCUGGAGUCCACAACGUUGGCUGACAAGGAUGGCGAGAUCUAUUGCAAAGCUUGUUACAGCAAAAGUUUUGGACCUAAAGGAUUUGGCUUUGGUCAAGGAGCUGGUGCACUUGCCAACACCCAAUAAAGCAUAAUGAAAACCUGAACCUGAAGCAAACCACACUUUAAUCCUGUGUAGACCUUGGCUACAAUGUAUUUGCUGAAUUUCAAUGUUCCAGUAGUAGUAGUAGUAGUACAGUUACAACACUGUGUGUGUUCUAAACUACAAAUGUUUUCUAGAAUUUCUGUAUUGCUUGGCACAAGCUACUUCGUAUGCCAUUUCUAAAUGUCACAGUGGUUAUCCAAAUCCAAUGACUAGUGUUUUAAGGUUAAAAUAACAAAAUAGAAGUGAAUGAAAACUGAUGAUCUAACGUGUCCAAAAAUUUAGUUUUAGUGCAUUGAAUUUGCCAGUGAUUGGUGACAUAGUCGUUUGGAUUUGCAAGGUCUUGACAGUUACAAUUCUUGCCACUCUGUACUUAAGUUUUGCUCUGCACUAUUUCACUAAAUCAAAACUUAGUUUAUAAUAAAAGAUUUGUCUGUCUUGUCCUGCAUGUUAUUGUAGCACUACAACGUCAUGAAUGCUAUAGUAGUAUGGGUCAUUUUCGAGAGGACUAUUGGAGGUUUGUUAGCUUGCACAGACCAACCAAGUUUCAAUCUGAUUUUAAAUUAAUUGAGGGGGUUGGUGGGGGGAAUUUUUCUAGGCAAGAGGGGGAGAGAGCACGUGGGAAAUUAAACAUGCUGAAAUUGGCGUUGGGACCUUAUUCUGAGUUUUUGAGGCAGGAUUGAAGGCAAGUGGGGAACCUUUGGAUUUGUCGGUUGAGUUAUUAACUUAACUAAAAAACCAAAGAGCUAUUUUUAACCCUCCUUUCUGGAUUUCUCAGCUAGCAGACCUGUUUCCCAAAUUUGGCAGCAAUUUACCAGUGUCGCCCUCACCCUGUUAUCCUCUCGCUCCAAUUCCAUGGUCACCCUUGAGUGAACAGUGGCAAGACAUUUUCGGUGAAGUUGACAAGCUGGAAAGAGACUGCUGUUCAUGCCAAGGCACUUUGCCUAUCUGGCACUUCAUGUACCUUGAGCUACACUUCUGUACUGCCAGCCUUUGCCACUGAAUGAGAACAGCUUAUGCUGAUGUACCUUGCACUUCUGAGGGCAAGAACAAAAACUACACCACUGCCAACAGCACCAACUACCUUUUCCCUAGCCACAUGCCCCUCCACAGGGCAGAGGGUAUGGCUGCUGAGAUCCAGCUGGAAGGAGGUGAGACCCCCUAACUCAGGGCCUACAGGCAGAGGGUCUGCUCUCUGUAUCUUAUAGCAGUGACUCAGGAGGCUCGGAUGCUCACUACAUGUCUCUGCUGACAUCUGCAGCCUCCUGGAACAAGACUACCUUGCAAAUAAAGCAGGUGAACAUGUAUUGCGCGUGGCUUACAAGACACCUGUCGCUGUAGGGAUAGUACCCUCCUCCCUGGAUCUCUGUCUCUCGGAAAGUUAAUGUGCUCUCUUGCCCUGUAGGGAGAGAAAGCAGAGGUGCAUGAAUAUUAGUAAUGGCUUGUGUGGAGAGGAGGAAAAGACAACAUUUGUGGAGGGUGACUGUGAGGCAUGGAUGUGAGAGGGCAGGAGGGUGAGGGUGAAUAUUGGCUAUUUUGAUGGGGUUGUGAAUUUGCUGGAGAGAGGUAUGAGUAGAGCUGCAACGUGUAUUGUCCUGAUGAGUGCUGUAGGAGAAUACUGGCAAAGUCGGAGUGUGGGGCUUGGCACCUGAAACCUGCACAUCUUUCCCAACCCCAAGUCUUUUUACUUAUCAAUGUUAGUGUCUCUUCCAAAUAAUGAGUGUGACAAGGAUAAAAUAAGCAAUUGUUGAGUGUUGGGUUUACUUAGAUUUAGUUGCACAAUAUUGAACAGAUAAAUUUUGUGGAACUGGAAAUUCAAAUGAUUGAAGUAAAUUUUGCCAACGGGGUUUAUCAGAUGGUAGCUCAAUAACCAAAUCUUAUGCUAACACCAUGCCUAAUGAGUGAACAAUGCACCACUACAAGUAUUUUGCUUUCAGAAGAAUCCUACUAACUUUUAAAAUUGAGAUCCUGGAAGAUGCAUUUGGUUAAAUUCUUGUCUUUUUUUCCCCUUUUGGAAAUUAAAUGUAAACCCAGCUCCAAAUAGGUAGGACCAUGGAUUUCUUAUUCACAGGCUAUCGCAUAUAAAACUUUACAAAUUAAAACUCAGUUUUAGCUUGUAAGCAAAUAAUUGUGCUCAUUGAUUUUUAUCUGUUAUACUUUUUCCCUUGAACAUGUUCGUCUUUAAUUUUUUUCACGUGCACAAAAGCAUUGACUUCUAAAACUCCUGCGGUUUAUUAAAAACCAGUUGGAACCCUCCCACAGCAAACAAAGUGAUUGUGUUUUUUUUUCUUUUUGUGCAUCUCGGUAUUUUUCGUGAAUUUUUUUUUUAAAAUCCCAAUUUGUAGAACCCAAAAAGGACCAACGUUUCAAGAUUUUUAAUUUUGAGCUAGAUACUCACUCCGUAUUAACAUGAGGAGAAGGAAGGACAUCUUUCUCUUCAUUAUUGAAUCCUACAUACAGGAAGGGGUUGACUAAAACUUGGCAAACUAAGGGUGGGGUGGGUGGUGAUAUUAGUUCACACAAGUAUUAGUUCACAAUGUAUCUUCUAUCUCCUAAGGGGAGAGAAGCUUUCUAAAUGGCAUCAAUAAAACUGUGGUUUAGAAAAAGUAUAAAGGAUUUGGAUGAUUUGUCUGUUGCUCUUUGUACCAUAGUUUUUGUUUCCCUAUAGGACAAUACAAUUUUAAAUUCUUGAUCUUGCUGACUCAGAUCUAGAGUCGAAGGAGCUCAGCAAUGGAGUACUCAGCAAAAGUGUGUAAAAUAUCCAAGGUUCAAACCCUAGUGUCCCAAUACACUUAGAGUUGUGGUUUUAGUGUUCACUGCCUUUCCCCACUGUGACCCCCACACCUUCCAUGAAGGGGAACACUUGACCGUUGCUCAAUCCUGUGGGAUCAUGCCUUGUCUCCUCACUCCAGGCCCCUGUGCCAACUUGCAAGAAUUCACAUUUUUGUGAAGCAAGUAUUGCCUACUUUUUAUAUCCUAAUCCCCAAGAAAUGAUAUAUUCAGAACACACUGAGAUAGAUAUUCAUCAUGGGUGGCAUCCUAUCUGGCACCUGUUAUAGUUUUCCUUGCCCCAUAUUCAGUUCCAUUGACUUCAAUGGAAUUGAGUAACAAAUGGGGCACAUAAUGGGCAGGAAGUGUUGGACUUUUUUGCUGUGGCUCAAGAUGAUUCUCUACUCCAUUAUGAGUUUUUUUUUUGCUUGAUGCAUUUAACAUCCAUGGUGCUAGUGAAAACUUCUAAUUGCAAUGUCUAUUAAUCAUUUAAAAAUGUUACCUUUAAGCAGGGACUAUUCUUAAAAUAUUGCCUUCCUGUUCUAUGUACCAUAUUGCAAUAUAUUUAUAUGCUAAUGUGUGCAAUUUAUAAUACUUGUAACCUGUGACAGCAGCUAAUCACAUACCAUUACUUUACUUUAAUUCUGUGUGUCUCAUUGUUUGCAGCAGAUUUUAAGUAAUAAAUAAAUCAAAUGGU